GUCAGUUUUAUUUAAGUCAUAGUUUAAAGUGAGCCUUCAAUUUGAACUUGGAACAGAAAAGCAAUGCAUUCUCCUGUCAUAGCUGGUUUAUUUUACUUUCUCCUAAUUAAGGCUUGGAAGAGCUUAACUGUCCAGUGUGAAGCCUAUAUCACAGUAAAGCAAUAUCCCGCCAUAGCCUCUAUUAAAUAUGGCACAUCUGCACUUCUUGAUUGUAUAUUUGACUUCCAGUUUCUAUCAGAGGCUGAAAUUGAAGUCAACUGGAAUAUUCAACUGCCGCUUUUCAAUGAUUCCGUGAAGAAAAUAACUAUGUCUUCAAAGAUGUUGCCUUUAAACCAAAGUGCUUCGUUGUCAAGGGAUGAUGGAAAGUACAAGCUCACAGGCAAUCUUCUAAAAGGUGUAGUCUUCUUAGAAGUGAAGAAUCUUCAACCACGGGACGUUGGUCUGUACACCUGCAAGGUGGCACGCCUGAUACCACCUCCGUAUCUAGAAGGAAGUAGCAAUGGAACUUACAUCUGUGGAAUAGAAGACACAUUGCAAGAUUCCUGCAAGCCAUCAGAAACUAAAUUUGUCAUAUGCUUGGGGACCCUGGCAGCCUGUACAUUUGUGAUCAUCAUGACUACCAUAAUUUAUGUACAGGUUAGAAGAAAAUCUACCUGCACAAGUUCUCCUUCACUGCCAAGCAGAGACUCUAUGGUAUACGUGGAUAUGAAUUUUGCAAAACAAAGCACUAACAGCGAAGAGUGAAAACUAUGGAGCUAGAAAUGUUGGAAAGUGGCUAUCCCAGCCUUGGUUGAAAUAAAAAAAAAAACUCUAGAAUGAUUGGAUUUUUAAAUCAUAAAGCAUGAUGGGU